CCUUUUCUUUUGCAUCAUAAUCCUCCUACCUCUUUUUUGUUUUUCUUCUUCUUAUUGUUCUUCUUCCUUCUUAUUUUUUCUUCUUCGUCUUAUUCUUAUUUAGUUCUUCUUUGAAGUUUUUCUUCCUUUUUAUUGUUCUUCUUCCCUCUUUUCUUUUAUCCUUUCACUUUCUGACCCCAUCCUCCCUUCCUUCUCCCCACACUCACUUUCGACCUCUAUCUUCAUGCUAUCAUCUGCGCUAUCUCUUUCUAUUCUAUAUCUGCAGCCACAGGGGGAGCCAUAAUUCCAUUUUCGCUCUUCAUCAUUUAGCGAACUGCGUUUGUGUUUGCGUUUGUGUGUGUGUGUGAUCGUAAGAUCCGUUUGGUGUUUCAUAGCGUGUGCGUGUUUUUACUUGAUGUGUGUGUGUGUUUUUUUUUUCUGUGCUCAGUUUUCUCUUACUUUUGAACAUUUCAUACCGUUUGUACAUAUAUUGAAAAAAAAAACAAAACUUUCUUUCCUAUUAGUGUAUCAUGAUUUUGCUGCUCAGUACUGUAUAAACUAAUCUUAUCAAAGAAAAGUUAGUUUUAUAGCGUACAUAAAAAAAAAGAUAACGCUUCAUAACGCAGCCCAGGAGACCAUGAUGCGUUUGCAGAACAUCCGUAUCGCCGCUUUCAUUGGAGGAACAGCGAAGCUAGCAAGGCGAAUAGGAAACUGAGCUGAGCCAAGCAGUACUGCGCUUUCACCAUCGAAUCAUCAUCCCGCUCAGAGCCGUCCGGCAUCUCAACGAGCGCGCCGGAGUCGGCACCGGAGCCUUGCUCUCUCUAUCUCUCUCUCUCUCUACCGCUCUCCGCCGCCUCACUUCACACUACGGUCGCCGGCGCCAUGUUCUCUGUAAAUAUUCAUCUCCUUACAUCUUUUUCUGCUAGUUUUGUUAGCAUUCUAACCCGAAUAACUCAUUCCGUACAAAUUGUUACUGUAUAAUAUAUUGUUUUCCUCCUCCAUUGUUUUUUUUUUUUAAUCCUGCUCGACUUGCUCCAAUCCACCGUACAAGCGCGAAUGUGCGAUGCUGUCGCGAACCCCAUUAAGCCCCGUAGCGUUAGUGCUGUACGAAUUGUAUUGUUUGUAUUUCUUCUUCUUAUCCUUCUUCUUUACUUUACUCGUGUGUCGCUCGUGUUGCAUGGCAUUGCGCGUAGACCCGUUUGCGUGCGUGAACUAUACAGUGUAGAUAAAUAAAAAAAACUCAAGCGGCAGCUGUGAUUGUGCGUAGUGCGGACCAUUGUCCUUCAAAUUAAAGACAAAAUAUUGAGCAAAAAAAAAAAAAACCUCCACGCAACCCAUCCCAUCAACUUCCUUUACUAACGCGCCUCGCCUCACUCCCCAUAUGAGGCCGUUGUCAGUAGAGCAAAUCGCAAAACGAUAAACCCCGUAGUGUAAUCGUGCCUCAAUUCGCAUCCAUGCUAUACGUUUAUGCUUCGGAUCCAUCGGAGACGACCUCUGCCAGCGAGUACUACGACGACGAGGACGACGAGGAGAUCGGACGGGUGCAGCAGCCGGACCAGGUGCGGCGGAGGCGGCGCGUGCGAACCCUGCCCGGUGUGACGGUCAGCGGCCGGCCCGCGUACUACGGCGACGAGCAGGAUCGAACCGGCCCGCAAGCGGACGAGGAGGACGGCGAGGCGGUAAUCUCGUGGAGCGGAGUGGAAGGGCGGAUCGCGGGUGGACGCUUUUUGAGCCGGGCCGUCCACACCCUGCUCAGCGCGUACAGCGACGAGGAGGAGCAGGAGGAACAGCAGGAGGAACAGGAAGAGGAACGGGAGGAGGAGGAGGAGGACGACGACCAGUCGUCGGAUCACCGGUCGACCGAUCGGUACGUUGGCCGCGGGCCGUAUCAUGCGAGCAGAGCGCACGCCGGCCGCCCCCCGACGUACGUGCCGCCCCGGUCGCCCCACUUCUACCGACCCCGGUCGCCGCUAGGCCUGCCCCAGGGUUCGUCGCUUGCGUGCGCGCGCUACAGCGUCGGUCCAGCGCCGGACAGGCAUCCACGCCACCGGGACCGAUCGAUCUUCUCGCCGGAACGAGCAGCUCGAGGAGCGGCAACCACCAACACCAACACCGUCAGCAGCAGCAGUACCGCCCCGCGGCACCGCUUUCUCGCCAUGUCCGCCGGUGACGCAGACGCGGUACGGGGCGAACAGCCCGAGCCCGACAGCGGCACGAGAACGCCCCCGAACCCGACGACCAAUGGGGAGCCGACGGCCGACCCGAACCCGACGACGACGACGACGGCGCCCGGCGAGCCGCACGGUUCGGCUGGCUCGAGCGUGACAGUGCCGUCGACACAGCAGUCGCAGUCGCAACAGUCGCAGCAGCAGCAGCAGCAGCAGCAGCAGCAGCAGCAGCAGAGCAAUCUGGUGAACAACAAUCACAGCACCGAGCCCGGCGAGACACCCGGUCAGCCGAAGCCAGUGGUAGGGAAGGGUGGUGCGGUGCUGGUACGGAGCAAGGAGUCCGUCUCGCCCCUGCCGCUCAAGCGGCCGACCAAGGCCGACACGAACAACAACGCGGCGGCCGGUAGCGACUCCGGCCAGCGCAGUCCGGCGGGCGCACCAGCGCCAGCAACCGCAACGCAAUCAACCACAAACGGGGCGGUGGGUCCGACUCCCCCGACCAAUCCCAACCAACCGACCCGUCCGCUCGCGGGCGGCCUCAAGGGCCGGAAGGGGGGCGGCUGGAAGGCCCGGCCGGCGGACAGUGAGUCGUUCGGGAACGCGCAGCUCAGCUCGCCGACCGACGCGGAGGACGAGCUGGUGGUCGGCAGCAGCCCACUAGCGGGCCGCCGGCACCCCGUCCACGUCAACCCGGUCAUCAGCCGGGACAAGCUCGCGAGUGGUGGUGUGAGUGGUGGUAUAGGUGGUGGUGGUGGUGGUGGGUGGGGACCGCGGCAGCGGGGCGGACCGGUCGAGCGGGGCAGCCGCAUCCAGAGUCCGGCGACCGGCACUGGCACGGCGCUACCACCCGGGGCCGGGACGUCGAUGGACGUUGGCGGUGAAGGGGCAGCAGGGACGCCAGUAGCAGCGGGCAACGGGCCAGCAGCCGGUGGGCAGCAGCAGCAGCAGCAGCAGCAGCCGGGCACAGCCGCCAGCACGCCGGGCGCGGCCGGAGCAGCGCCGGCACCAGCGCCGGUCAAGCGCAGCCAGUCGCGGAACGACGUCCUGGACCUGGACAGCGCCCCGGGACCGUCCGGGCUACUGCCGAGCAACCCGGGCGUACCGGGCACGAUCGGGGGCAAUCCGCAGUCACGCUACUCAAACCUGUCGUUCUGGAAGGCGCGGCGGGUGCUGUUCUACCGGAAUGGCGAUCCCUUCUUCCCGGGCGUCGAGUUCCGGUUCAAGCCCGGGCGGGACAUCUGCACGCUCGAGGCGCUGCUGGACAAGAUCUCCGCCCGGAUGGAUCUGCCCCGGGGCGCCCGCUACAUCUUCUCGAUGGACGGCGACCGGAAGUACUCGCUCGACGAGCUCGAGGACGGCUCCAGCUACGUCGUGUCGUCGUUCAAGGUGUUCAAGCCGGCCAGCUACGGCAAAAAGAACGGCGUGUGGUACGCCUCGCCCGGCAACCAGGGAUGGGGCAGCGGUGCCGGCCCGGCCCGACUCGGACGCAAACCGUCCGUCACCGAGGUGGACAACAUGCCGUCCGGCAGCCUGAAGCCGAGCGCCGGGCGCGUGAUUAGAAUAAUCAACAGCCACGAUCACAGCGUGCAGUGUCGCGUGCUGCUGAACCUGCGCACAUCGCAACCGUUCGAGGAGGUGCUGGAGGAUCUCGGCCAGGUGUUGAAGAUGAUCGGAGCCAAAAAGAUGUAUACCAGCAACGGGCAGGAGGUGCGCAGCUUCUCCCAGCUGCGCAACGAGUUCGCCGAGGUGGAAACGUUCUACCUGAGCAACACGCCGUCGCUGCCGGUCGGGGCGCUCGGGCCGGGCGUCAUACCGCCGUCGCCGGGCCGCCGGUCCCGCUCGCGCCUCGGCGGCUCCGUGCCGGACGAUCUGUCCAAGACGACGGCCCGGCAGCGCGCCCGCAGCAAGAGCCGGCCGCGCGUCCUGUACGCGCCGGAGAACGAGCUGGUGCGCGCCUCGUCCGACUAUCCGCUGCUGGACGCGAUGAAGGAGGAACCGACGCGCAUCACGAUCCGCGGCCUGCGCCGCACCUUCUAUCCGCCGCUGCACCAUCCGCCGAUCGACAAUGCGCCGCCGGACAAGAAGCUGUCCCUGUUCUGGGUCCACGGCUACCGUGGAAUUGAUUCCAAGCGCAACCUCUGGGUGCUGCCGUCGGGCGAGCUGCUCUACUACGUCGCCGCCGUCGCCGUGCUGUACGACCGUGAGGAGGACGCCCAGCGCCAUUAUACCGGUCACACAGAGGACAUCAUGUGCAUGGAGGUGCAUCCGUCCCGGGAGCUGGUCGGGUCGGGCCAGCGGGCCGGCCGGGACCGGAAGUCCCAGGCGCACGUGCGCAUCUGGAGCACCGAGUCGCUGCAGACGCUGUACGUGUUCGGCAUGGGCGAGCUGGACUCGGGCGUGAUUGCGGUCGCCUUUUCGCAGCUGAACGGUGGCAGCUACAUCCUCGCGGUGGACGCCGGCCGCGAAAGCAUCCUGUCCGUCUGGCAAUGGCAAUGGGGCCAUCUGCUCGGCAAGGUGGCGACCCUGCAAGAAGGCAUCUGGGGCGCCACGUUCCACCCGCUCGACGAUAAUCUGCUAAUCACACAUGGCCGGGGCCAUCUCGCGUUUUGGCACAGACGGAAAGACGGUUUCUUCGAGAAGACCGACAUUAUCAAACCGCCUUCGCGAACGUUCGUCACAUGCGUCCAGUUCGAGCCGGACGGUGACGUCAUCACGGCGGACAGUGACGGCUUCAUCACGAUUUACAGUGUCGACGCGGACGGUGCGUACUUCGUGCGCAUGGAGUUCGAGGCGCACAACAAGGCGAUCAGCUGUCUGGUGAUGCUGUCCGAGGGUACGCUGAUAUCGGGCGGC